AUGUUCAACAAGCUGUCUGGACAGCCGGAGAGCUAUGAGAAGAAGGCUCUCUACAGGUUCGGACGUACUCUAGGUGCUGGUACAUACGGAAUUGUCCGCGAGGCGGAGUCGACUUCUGGCGAUAAGGUUGCGGUCAAAAUCAUCCUCAAGAAAAAUGUCCGUGGCAAUGAAGGCAUGGUCUAUGACGAGCUGGAGAUGUUGCAAAAGCUCAAGCACCCCCAUAUUGUCUCUUUUGUGGACUGGUUUGAAUCCAAGGACAAAUUCUAUAUCGUCACACAACUAGCAACCGGCGGAGAGCUGUUCGAUCGCAUUUGCGACUACGGAAAAUUCACAGAGAAGGAUGCUUCACAGACAAUUCGCCAGGUGCUUGACGCUGUCAACUACCUACACCAUCGAAACAUUGUCCACCGAGACUUGAAACCUGAGAACCUCCUCUAUCUCACCCGCUCCGCUGACUCAGAACUGGUCCUAGCUGACUUUGGUAUCGCUAAAAUGCUGGAGAACCCUACUGAAGUUCUCACCAGCAUGGCAGGCUCCUUCGGCUAUGCUGCGCCUGAAGUCAUGCUCAAGCAGGGGCACGGAAAGGCUGUUGAUAUGUGGUCGCUGGGUGUCAUUACCUACACCCUCCUCUGCGGUUAUUCUCCAUUCCGAGCCGAGAACUUGACGGAUCUAAUCGAAGAAUGCCGAGGAGGCCGUAUCAUUUUCCAUGAGCGAUACUGGAAGGAUGUAUCCCAGGAUGCCAAGGACUUCAUUCUCACCCUUUUACAACCGGAUCCCAGCAAGCGCGUGACCUCCGACGAGGCUCUCAAGCACGAGUGGUUGACCGGAGAAUCCGCCAGCGACCGCGACUUGCUGCCCGAAAUCCGCACCUACAUUACGCGUGCCCGCCUCCGUCGCGGUAUCGAGAUCGUCAAGCUCGCCAACCGGAUCGAGGCUCUCAAGAUGCACGAAGAAGAUGGCGAGACCGCCGAGGAUAUUCCAAGCCCUGUCGCGAUGGCUGAAUCUGCUGAAGAGGAGCCAUUGGCCAACGGUGAUUCUUCUGCGACGCCUACCACAAAGAAGCGCAGCCUUAGCAAGGUUGCUCGUGGUGCUAUCUUCCGCGAGGUGGUUCUGGCCAAGGUUCGUGAAGCCAAGGACAACGAGGAGCGUGAGAAGGUGGAGCGUGAGGCACGUGAAAAAUCUGCGCAUCAUUAA